CCCCCUCGUUGUAAACAAAAUUGCAUGAAAUUUCUCAAUCUACGUCAAGAAGUUUUCGUUAAUUCGCGAAACAACUCCAAUUAGUCGAUAAUUAUUUUAUACUCCUCACUUUGCUCAACAAGGUGGUUGAGCUCGAUAUUUUUUCAAAAGACUCUUCCACUUUUUUACUUGGAAACUUCCAGGAAUUCUAGUUUCCGUCCGUUUUUGGAUCAUUUUAGAAUUUAUUGAGAAUACGCUUGAACACUUAGUCUGUAACAUUAUCAUGGAAGUCAAUUCAGAAAGCAACAUAUCUGCAGCGAAAUCGCCGUGGGGAAAAGUCUCGCAGCCGCCAGCAACUGCGUCGUUGUCGGAAAUCAUGUCCGAACAGUUGGCCAUCGACCUUCACUCAAAGGAGGUGGACAGCUACACAAAAUCACUUCUUUCCGACGGAAACGAUGCUGCUGCGGGAUUUGUUGUCGAGUCCAGUGGCUGUGACAGUGACCAAAUGAUCGCAAGAAUGCUGCAGAUGCAGUUUGACAAAGAGCACGAUGAGGUGGUGAAGAGGACAGAGGCCAAGUGGAACGGAACAUCAAAAGUGACCGUUUCCUACAAUAACUACUUGCUUAGUGGCCAGGAAGAAGAAGAAGAUUCUGAUUAUGAUGAAGACGUGGAUGACACCAAGAGGCAUUGGGACAAUUUUGAAGCUUCAGAGGCCGCUUUCCCCUCGAUUCCAAGGUGUGGAUACAGAAGAGCACCUGAAGGCCCAGGAAUUGUGACAAAGCACGACAUUAAUAUGGCAAACAGGAGGAAUGCUUGUCGUGUCAUGGAGUUCCCUCCUGAAUUUCACACUGGCGACGGAGGAGGAUUUGACAUGAAACUGUCGAAUCAGGUUUUUAACAGCCUGAAGCGGCACUCGAAAGUUGAGCAAGGACGCAGGGCCAGACUUCACGACAAAUCUGAACUGGCCACUAGUGAGCAGGCAGUUGACCCUCGGACUCGUAUCGUACUGCACAAGUGGAUUGACGCUGGGCUGCUUGAGAAUGUCGGAGGGAUUCUGAGCACUGGCAAAGAGGCCGUCAUCCUGCAUGCGGAGGGUGGAAAGAAAGAGGAUGGUACUGAGUUGCCGAAGUACUGUGCCAUCAAGAUUUUCAAGACGACCCUAAACGAAUUUAAGGACCGAGACAAGUACAUCAGGGAUGAUCACAGAUUCAAAGACAAAUUCACUAAGCAGAACAACCGCAAAAUGAUUGAAUUGUGGGCUGAGAAAGAGCUGCGAAACCUGAUUCGCAUGAGAAAUGCUGGCGUCAAGUGUCCAUCUGCAGUGCACUUGAAGAAGCACAUUUUGGUUAUGGAGAUGAUUGCCGACUCGCACGGUCCAGCACUGAAACUGAAAGAUGCAGCUCUGAAUGCUGCUGAAGUGUGCGUUGCUUACGAGCAGGUUGUGGAGACAAUGAAGAUUCUGUACCAUAAAGCUGGACUGAUUCACGCUGACCUGUCCGAGUACAACAUCCUUUGGUGUGAGGGCGACUGCUGGUUCAUCGACGUUGGCCAAGCCAUUGAGCCAAGACAUCCAGGCGCCAGAUCUUUCUUGUUCAGAGACUGCACCAACAUUGCCACAUUCUUCAGGCGCAAGGGAAUGCCCAACGUGGCUUCUCCAGAGGAGCUGUUCAAGGAAGUGACUGGUUUCACCGAUGAUCCAACCAAGUGCAUUGAAGAUGCGGUUCUUGAGCAGCAAAUUGCCGAGUACGAGAGGGACGAAGAGCUGCUUGCCCACCAGGAGCCCAGGAAUCACUACCCUUUUGAGCACUGCUGGCAGAAAUCGUUAGCUGAAAACGCAGCCAUGAAGGAGGCGGCAGCUUUGAACAGGGAGCCGGUGGAAAUCGAAGCAAAGGCUACGUAAAUUGUUUUCUUGAGUUUCUAUAAAUAACAUCAUUUUGCUGCGUUA